AUGGCUUUACCCAAGAGAAUCAUUAAGGAGACGGAACGUCUUAUGGCAGAGCCUGUUCCAGGCAUUAAUGCUGUGCCCCAUGACGAUAACCUCCGCUAUUUCGACGUCUCAAUUCACGGACCUGCGCAAUCUCCAUACGAGGGUGGUAUCUUCCGACUUGAACUCUUCCUGCCAGACGAUUAUCCUAUGACCCCACCCAAAAUCCGCUUCCUGACCAAGAUCUAUCACCCCAACAUCGAUCGUCUGGGUCGUAUCUGUUUGGAUGUCUUGAAGAAUAAUUGGUCUCCAGCUCUCCAGAUCCGUACGAUUCUACUCUCGAUUCAAGCACUUCUUGGAGCCCCGAAUCCCGACGACCCGCUCGCCAAUGACGUUGCUCAGAGAUGGAAGGACGAUGAACCUGCUGCGAUCCAAACAGCAAAGGAGUGGACUCGGACACAUGCUAUGACCUAA